AUGACACACCAGAGGACUCAUUCUCAGGAGAAAGCUUAUGAAUGUCCUGAGUGUGGGAAAAGUUUCAGUCGGAAUUCCACCCUUGUGACACACCAGAGGACUCAUACAGGAGAAAAACGGUAUGAAUGUUCAGAAUGUGAGAAAUGUUUCAGUAAGAAUUCCCAUCUGGUGGUACACCAAAGGACUCACACUGGGGAGAAACCCUUUAAAUGUUUUGAGUGUGGGGAAAAAUUCAGUCAGACUUCCAGCCUGGUGACACACCACAGGAUUCACACAGGAGAGAAACCAUUUGAAUGUCCAGAGUGUGAGAAAACUUUCAGUCAUAAUUCCAGCCUGGUAACACACCAGAGGACUCACACAGGAGAAAAACCGUAUGAAUGUCCAGAGUGUGGGAAAUGUUUCAGUAAGAAUUCUACCCUCGUGACACAUCAGAGGACUCAUACAGGAGAGAAACCAUAUGAAUGUCCAGAUUGUGGGGAAAGUUUCAGUCAGAAUUCCCACCUCGUGCUACACCAGAUGACUCACACAGGAGAAAAACCAUAUGAGUGUCCAGAGUGUGGGAAACGAUUCAGUAGGAAUUCCGGCCUAAUGACACACCAGAGAACUCAUACUCUGGAGAAACCAUAUGAAUGUCCUGAGUGUGGAAAACGUUUCAGUCAGAAUUCCAGCCUCGUUACACACCAGAGGACUCACACAGGAGAAAAGCCAUAUGAAUGUCCAGAAUGUGGGAAAUGUUUCAGUAACAGUUCCAGCCUGGUGACACACCAGAGGACUCAUUCCAAGGACAAACCAUAUGAAUGUCCUGUGUGUGGGAAAAGUUUCAGUCAAAUUUCCAGUCUGAUAACACACCAGAAGAUUCACACAGGAGAAAAACCGUAUGAAUGUUCAGAUUGUGGGAAAAGUUUCAGUAAGACUUGUAACCUGGUGACGCACCAGAGGACUCACACAGGAGACAAACCGUAUGAGUGUUUAGAUUGUGGGAAAAGUUUCAGUCAGAAUU